GUAUGUGAGGAGCUGGUAAGUGGCCCAGAGCAGCUGGUGAACAGGUUCUGCUCUCUCCACCCCUCCUGGUUCCCGGCUUGGUUCAGUCCGGGCUGCUAUCAUAAACAAGAUGGCUGCUUGAGUGUUGACGCGCUGAAGUUCAGUUUUAUCUCGAAUUCCAAACCUAAACGCCAUCUACUCCUUUAACCAAAUUGCUGCCCGAUGCGAUAACAUCCCGAGCUCUGAUCAGGCCUCUGUCCUCCUGUCACACCAUCCCUCUGCUUCUCCAUCUCUACACCCAUCAAAGUCCCUUCACCUCCAGUUGACUACUCCAUAUUUCCAGUGUCCCUCCCUCACACAGGUUCCAGCAGGAACCUUUGUAUUUGUGAGUUUCUGGUACAGCCAUAAAUCCAACGCACAAGUGUCAUCCACAAAUGACCAUAUAUGCGAACAGCAGCAACGGAUUAUGAGGCCGCUUCUCUUGGCCCACUGAAGAGGCUUUUGCAACUGACAUCCACUGAUUUCUGGACAUACGAUGUUGUCACGUGUCUUGGAUGUCAUGGACAAGUGGCCGGAGAGAGUCAAAUCCCGAAAUCCAGAGCAGCUACACUGAGACUCCUCCAAACAAAAGGCAUCAUGGAGAUGAGAAUAGUUCAGACGUAGGCCGUCAGCGCAGCAAAACCCUGUCUGAACAGACAUCAGAUAGUUUUACAGAGGUCCGUUUCUUUGCAGCAAUCUGAGUGUUUUUGCACUUCAGAGCUAAACAUAGAAAGCAAGUAAUGAAUGAUGCUGGCCAUGGUGACUUAGUGUAAAUGGCUAUUAAUCAGCACAGCUCAGUGACAGUAUUCACUGCUCAAUCUUCCUGCCCCUCUCAGUUCUCCUCUCGCCCCCUCUCCCUGCCGCUGCCCUUGUCCGUUUGGAUUCACUACCACCUCCUGAUCUGUCUGGCCUGCUUUUCACAUCACCAUGGCCGCUGGCCUGGGGAUUUUGAAGCUGCUGCGAGGGGUCCGCCAGCUGGAGCUUCACCGCCUGAUUCUGGCAUUGAUAGUCUUCUGUCUGCUCUCCAUGGCGUUCUUGGCUUACUACGUCUCCAACAGCCCCAAAAUCAAGGACCCACCACCUUUACCCUUCAGUGAUUGUGGUGGAGGUGGGGAGACGCUGGUGGGAAUGGGUACUGGGGCCGAUGGUGGCGAGACAGGAGGCCAGAGGUCCCCUCUCUUCCUUCCGGUGCGCCAGGGGCGACUCCAGGAGGUCAAGACGAUUGACAACUCCAGGACUGAGCCAGUGGUUCUGGUGUUUGUGGAGAGCAUCUAUUCCCAACUGGGCCAAGAAAUCGUUGCCAUCUUAGAAUCGAGCCGCUUCCACUACCGCACAGAGAUCGCUCCUGCUAAGAGUGACAUGCCCACGCUGACGGAGCACAACCGUGGACGAUACGCCUUGAUCAUCUAUGAAAACGUGCUCAAAUAUGUCAACCUCGACGCGUGGAACCGAGACUUGCUGGACAAGUACUGUGCUGAGUACGGAGUGGGCGUCAUUGGUUUCUUCAAAGCAACUGAGAACUCGCUUCAUAGUGCACAACUCAAAGGUUUCCCCCUCUUUCUACACUCGCACUUCGGACUCAGGGACUACCGUAUAAACCCCAGUGCACCGCUGCUUUACAUCACCAAGCCCAACCAGGUGGAGCAGGGCUCUUUGCCGGGGGAUGAUUGGACGAUUUUCCUGUCUAACCACUCUACAUAUGAACCAGUUCUUUUAGCCACCCCUAAGUCCUCAGAUCCCCUGGCACAUUUUGGACCCGGCCCCUUGCAGGCCCUCUAUUCCACUGUGGUGCAGGACCUGGGGCUCCAUGAUGGCAUCCAGAGAGUUCUCUUUGGAAAUAAUCUCAAUUACUGGCUUCACAAGCUGGUGUUUGUAGACGCCAUCGGCUACCUGACGGGGAAAAGACUGUGUUUGUCAUUGGACCGCCACAUCCUGGUGGACGUGGAUGACAUAUUUGUGGGCAAGGAGGGGACUCGUAUGAAGGUGUCUGAUGUGGAGGCCUUGCUGAACACUCAAAAUAAGCUAAGAGCGCUGGUUCCUAAUUUUACCUUCAAUCUGGGAUUUUCCGGAAAAUUCUACCACACAGGAACCGAUGAGGAGGACCAGGGAGACGACAUGCUGCUGCAGCACAGGAAGGACUUCUGGUGGUUCCCUCACAUGUGGAGCCACAUGCAGCCUCACCUCUUUCACAAUGUCAGCGUCCUGGCUGAGCAAAUGAAGCUCAACAGGAUCUUUGCUCAGGAGCAUGGAAUCCCAACAGACAUGGGCUACGCAGUGGCUCCGCACCACUCCGGGGUCUACCCUGUCCACACCCAGCUGUAUGAAGCCUGGAAGUCUGUGUGGGGAAUCAAAGUGACGAGCACUGAAGAGUACCCUCAUCUGAGGCCAGCGAGGUACCGCCGGGGCUUCAUCCACAACGGAAUCAAGGUGUUGCCCAGGCAGACCUGUGGCCUCUUCACACACACCAUCUUCUAUAACGAAUACCCUGGAGGCUCCAAGGAGCUGGAUAAGAGCAUCAGAGGAGGAGAACUUUUCCUCACCGUUCUCCUAAACCCUAUCAGCAUCUUCAUGACUCACCUGUCCAACUAUGGAAAUGAUCGUCUGGGCCUCUACACCUUUGAAUCUCUGGUGAAGUUUGUCCAGUGCUGGACCAACCUCAGGCUACAGACCCUGCCUCCCCUUCAGUUGGCAGAAAAAUAUUUCCAGAUCUUCCCAGAAGAAAGAAACCCACUCUGGCAGAACCCGUGUCACGACAAAAGACACAAAGACAUCUGGUCCAAAGAGAAAACCUGUGACAGACUUCCUAAAUUCCUUAUUAUUGGACCACAGAAAACUGGCACUACAGCACUUCACUCAUUCCUGAGCCUCCACCCGGCCAUCACUGGCUCCUUCCCCAGCGCCACCACCUUUGAAGAAAUCCAGUUCUUCAGUGGAAUCAAUUAUGACAACGGGAUUGACUGGUACAUGGAGUUCUUCCCAUUCCCCUCCAAUGUCAGUGCAGACUUCAUGUUUGAAAAAAGCGCCAAUUACUUUGACUCAGAAAUGGCCCCCAAACGAGCAGCAGCACUGUUACCCAGAGCCAAAGUCCUGGCUGUGCUCAUCAACCCGUCUGACAGAGCAUACUCCUGGUAUCAGCACCAGAGAGCCCACCAGGACCCAGCGGCGCUCAACAACACCUUCCAUGCAGUGGUUACCGCAGCCCCCUCGGCCCCCAGAGCCUUGCUAGUUCUGCAGAAACGGUGUCUUUAUCCAGGGGCCUACGCCUCUCAUUUGGAGCGAUGGCUGCAGUAUUACCAACCCAGCCAGCUGCAUGUUGUGGACGGGGCCUUGCUGCGCUCCAAUCCUGUUCUGGUGAUGGAGGGAAUUCAGAGAUUUCUGGGCGUUACUCCCAUCUUCAACUACACACAGGCUCUAAUGUAUGACGAUGGUAAAGGUUUCUGGUGUCAGCGAGUGGAAGGAGCCCGGUCCAAAUGCCUCGGGAAGAGCAAAGGCAGGAAGUAUCCAGAGAUGAGUUCUGAGUCACGUGCCUUUCUAACAGAGUACUACCGUGACCACAACAUGGAGCUGGUACGCCUGCUGAACCGGCUGGGCCAACCACUGCCAUCCUGGCUUCACCAAGAACUCCAGAACUCCCGCUGAAGCCGAGGGCUUCUCGUCACACGGAGUCUGUUGUCCAGAAAACUGCUCCCAACACUUCUUACUAAGCUACUUUUAGAGCUUCUUUUCCCAGGACUCCUGAUGAAACGGGGGUGGGGGUAGAGGAAAACGGGGGUAGCUCCAUGAACACUCUCUUGUUCUGUUGCCGACAUCGGUCUGUGGCGCGGGACUCAUCAGCUGAGAAUCAAAGAUCCAAGGGACUCGAGCUUUAAAGACAAAUGAGUCAGUGACUCAAGACUGAAGCAGUGGGUUACCUGUAUGGUGUAACACAGGGGGUUAGCAGGCACAGGCAUACUGAUGCUCCCACAGAAUGGCAUUAGGUCAGAGGUCAGACAGGUUGAAGCAGACAUGCUGAUCCUCAUCCACAUCUCUCUAAAACACCAGUUCUACUUGAUAAUCAGUCGGCAGGGCUCCAACUGUGGACUCAAACUAAAGGCUCUGCAGGGAUCUAGUAAAAUAAUAAACCAAGUGACACACACACAUUUAACUGUCCAACACCUGAAAACAAGCUGUAGAUUUUUUUUUUUUUUUUGAUUUGAUCAGAUUAGAACAGUUUGGUAUCCGUGGCAUCAGUGUUGUGAUGGAUUUCCACCCCUAUAAUCAGCAUCUGGGACUCUUCAUGCUCGGUGUUAUCACAGCUGACACACAGGGAGGCUAAUGAAUAUAGGGGUUUGGUCCAGUUCAUAAGCGUGCCAGUGCUACUGGAGCUCCAGUUCUUCCCAGUUCCACCAGUGAAGCUCUGAACUCCAGCAGCAACAUUCAGAUGUCUCGGCACCAACUCUUCUCUGUUGGACCAGAGGAAACAACCACUUUCAUCAGAGACUGGAGUUGGACCAACAACCAGUUCUUAUUUUUAUGAACAGCAUGUUUAAAAAAAAUUUGACCUGCAAAAAUAAAAAAAGCUAAGAAAAACUAUUAAAAAGUGGAUUGAGCUGUUGGACAGCAUGUGUCUGUUAUCGCUUAUCUUGCUGCUCUUUUGUUUUAAAUCACAGCAUCAACUUAUGCCUCAACACUUUCAGGUUAAACACCUGCCUGAUGCGGUGUUGACGUUCUGUUUCCAGCUCUGUUGAUAUAAGCUGAUCAAAGAUGGGACAUGUUGAGUCAUUUUAAGGAGCGCUCACUAACAUUAGUAUUUGAGCGCAGCACAUCUGGAACAGAACUAGCACCCUGAUGCGCCAGGUCAGAUGUCGCAGAAAAUGUUCAAAACCCCUGGUUCGUCGAGCCUAAUCAAAGCUCUAAAAUUUCAUUAUUUACAGUGUAAAUUUCUUCCUGGUCGCCAUCUUGACUAAAUCCCAAAGUUUUUGCCUGAGAAUUGCGCGUAGACAUUUUUCUUUUGUUUUAGCGAGAGUGGCUGCACCCCGUUCUAAAUCUGUGUACUAACCUGGUAAAGCCAAGGUCAGUAAAAAAAUGACUGAAUAAAAACGAAAACAACCAAGCAUCUGUAACAUCUGGUGGCCCAAAAAUUGCUUAAGCAGGUCAGUAUAAAAUCAUGUCUACAUUCUGACGACUGAGUAAAAGUCCAGCUCUGGUCCAGGACGGGCCCAGUGUUACAGUAGCUUUUUAUUGCUAUGGAAAUGACUUACUGUGAACUCUUUGGUUUAACGUGUUGUGGCCUCCCCUUUUUUUGUUGCCUUUUAUUUCGUCGUUUUGUUUUAGUUGAUAUUGCUUUGAGAAAAUACGCAAAUUUUAGAAGUUUGUCAUCCCUGAAAAUACAGAUGUAGCAGGUCGAAACACAGACUGACAUGUAGCUCAAAUAGUAAAACUAAAGAAUAACGCUCCCCUUUUUUAACAUUUUUUUUAUUUGCAUUUAGGAGUACAGAAAUUUCCAGUUUUGAAAUGGUUUUUAUUGCUUUAUGGGUGUUUGAUUCUAAACUUAAAUUUUCCUGGACCAGAGCUGUUUAAAUCUGCUAAAAAGCAAAUUUUCUUUACUUUUAUGCUAAAGGUUAAAAAGUUAAGGAAAUGAGUGGAAAUGUAAUUACACUGGUUCAAAACUCAACAAGGUCAUCAUGCACUUCAGCUGUUAUCCUAUGUAUGUUUCAUACAGGUUACAUUCAUGUGGAUGGACAAUACAGGUGAUAAAGUUCUAACAUUAAAACAUUGACUAAGAACGGGUACUUUCCACUCAGUCCUCAUGUUUUUAUGGGAUUUCCUUUGAUGAGGUAAAGUGUUUGAGAUGAUAUAGGAAGCAUUUAUUAUUUAUUAAAGGAAGCACCCUUUCUUAGCAUAUAACAAACUUCUCUGCCUCCUGUCAUGGCAGCUAUGUUUUCUGAGAUGGUAAUAAAAACAUUGCAGAGA